UGCUUCUAAUUACGAUUACGAACGGCCGGAUUGCUCAUUUAAUUACGCGCAUAUCCAGAGUGCACGAUGAAAUAACUUUACGGAAUGCGCUUUUCAAAACCUAUAUUCAAGUGUAGUAGAUAAGAAUCGACGCAUACAGGCGCACUCAAUCUCAGUGUAGAUUAGUUCGUCUGGUUGGACGGUAUAUUUUUUUUAUCUGGAAAAUGCGCGAGCAUCUCAUUUCAAGCUGACUUUGUUUAGUUCGUCGUGCGGGAAGCUGCUGGCCGGUUGAAGAUUGAUAGCUAUGACUGAUUAUUUAUAUUUAAAAAAAGAGUGACUUAGUUCGCGAGUGUCUAAAAAAAAUAAAAUCGCAAUGGAAUCGGCGGGAAUAAUUUCAGACUUGUUUCCCGAGUAUUUAGUUAGUUUUGUGGAUGAACUGGAUGAGCAUCCCUGGUUGUUUGCUUCCCUGGCGUCAAUUCUAGUGGGUCUGAGUGGGAUUCUGCCUCUGUUCAUCAUCCCGAUCGACGAGACAGCCUCUUUCAAGGAUGGAUCUGGUGCAGCUACACUGCGGAUACUGCUCAGCUUCGCAGUGGGCGGUCUGCUGGGAGAUGUGUUCGGUGUGUUCCUACAUCUACUGCCGGAGGCGUGGCAGCACGACUUCGCUUCUACGAAAGAAGGCGAACACGUAUCAAUGAAAUGCGGCCUCUGGUGUCUCUUCGGCAUGCUGGUGUUCAUCGUAGUGGAGAAGCUCUUCGCGGCCUCCGAGGAAGACGAGGAAGAACCUAAACAGAACGGCUCCAUCAAACAGAUAGAGAUAGAGGAGAUAGACAAGCUGCUGACGGCGGAGAAAAGGAAACGGGGGACGUCCGAGGGGGAGGGGAUUUGUGGGGGGAACGGGAUGGUUACGGCUAAGCAGCUGUAUGAUUCCUGUGUGUUUAAUAAUAAUACUAAAGGAGAAGGCGGGUGCUGCAGUAGCGGCUCAGUAGCUAACGGCUCGCCACAGCGGUGCGGGAAAGGCAACCGAUGGAUGGGACGGUGUCUUCUACGAGAAGCAAGGGAGAAAGCACUAGCAGCUGCUAAGGAGAAACCAGAGAGGAAAGACGUGGCGGGUUACCUGAACCUGAUGGCCAACUCCAUCGACAACUUCACACACGGGCUGGCGGUCGGCGGCUCCUUCCUCGUCGGCUUCCGCGUCGGCCUGCUCACUACUUUCGCAAUCCUAGUACACGAGAUUCCGCAUGAGGUGGGCGACUUCGCCAUCCUACUGAAGAGCGGGUUCUCGCGCUGGGAGGCGGCUAAGGCUCAAUUGGCGACGGCGUCAGCGGGCCUGAUCGGAGCCUUGACAGCCGUAAUAUUCAGCGGAGCCAGGAAUGCCAUUGAGGCCAAAACAUCCUGGAUAGUCCCGUUCACAGCAGGUGGGUUCCUCCACAUAGCGCUGGUGACCGUGCUGCCAGACCUGCUGCGGGAGGAAGACAAGUGGGAGUCGCUCAAGCACCUCGCCGCACUCGUUGCCGGCAUCGUGGUCAUGGCUGUCAUGACGCAUUACUUUGGAUAGGUAUCUAGGCCCGGAUUUAGAUACCUAUGACCCCUAGGCACUUAGUAUGGAACUCCGUUCUCCACCUGAAAACCGUUGCUAUGUUGCCUGGAACCAUAGGUCCGGGCCUAGUGUGAAAUCGGGUAGGUGUCUGGAAGUAGGGAGUCCCAGCAGUGGACUCCAUGCUCGUAAAAAUGUAUAGUUUUUUUUAAAGAUAGCCGAAUAUUAUGAACAACCUUAAUUUGGAUAUUUUUGAAUAUUCUAAGUACAUAAAGUGCAGUGACUACAAAAUUGAAGCCUCAACAUCAAUCACGUUGUACCUACGUCUAAUUGCAUAAAAUACCAGUUAUAUACAAUUAUACAUAUUCCGUACAUUAUUAAAACUUCAUUAUGCAUUGAUAAGGUUUUCAUAACUUUGAUUUUAUUUAUCCAUAUUUUUUUGAUGUAGAAAAUUAUAAAGUUAGUAUGUGCCACAGAUUUCUAAAACAGCCCUGACUGAACCCAAACUAUAAUUAUAUCUAAUAUAUGAUAUAAUAUCUCGAAUAUAUGAGCAAGCAGUAUUCGAAUAAAUAUUUUGGUAGAGCGAUGUGACUUGUUAGAUUGCGAUGCGAAUUAUUAAUUAAAUAAUUAUUAAGGGCAGUAUUCUGGUUCAAUUCUAAAUUCCGUGACAGUCGAGUCAUAAAUAUGUACAUUAUUUUACUUAUGGCAUAUUGAUUUCGACGUCACAAAAAUUAAUAUCUAAAUAUUAUUGUAACUAUAUCAUAGUUUUAAUAUUCACACACGAAAAAAUGGUGCCAUCUAAUCGGUGCAUCAAAAACAAUUAUCAAUUAUAAAAUAUUACACUAAUAUAAUAUUGUCAUAUUUAGAAAGUGGCAUGUCAAUUUGAUCAUUUUGAUCACUAUCAUCAACAUCACAUACUGUAUUUUUUUAUUGUACGUCAGAAGAAUAGUUUUUUAACCCUUUUCCAGGCCGCACCAAUCUACAAGGUUUUCCCAAAAAAUCCAAAUAUAUUCCAAUCAAUCCAGCUUUGCUGAUUAAUAUGAACACACUGUCACAUUUCUGGAAAGUCCAAUCUAAUUUGAACCUUAAAUCGGAAUGCUAAAGUUGAAAUUCUAUUGGCGCGUAUGUGGUCGAUAAAUCGUACUAUGCCUGGAAAAGGGUUAAAAUGAUAGGGAACUAUAAUAGAAUCACUUUUAAAAUACAUUAUAGAAACGUUCAAAUCACACUUUAGUAAAUAGACUUAGCCAAAGAAGAAUAGCAUUAACAAUAGACAUAUUAAUUAUAUUUUAACUUUUCAUGAACACACUUUUUCGUCACUUCUUAACUUACUCUAAUACACAUCGUCAAUUCGUCACAUCUGUGUGUUCGAGAUUUUUCUGUAUAAAUAUAAUAUCAAAUACAUUUAAUGUUUCAUAGUCGAAAAUAUGUUUAAGUAAAUAUUUAAAGAAGAGAUUGAUUUAUCUCCACUAUAAAGUAUAGCUAAGUCAUAGAUGUUAGCUAAAAAUCACCAUAAAAAAACAUAGACAGGUGGUAUAGUCUGUCGAUUUGUAACUGGCCCCGAGCCCUAAUCCUUUGUCUAUAGUUAAGUAAAACCGCACGUACCUGUAAAAAAGGUUCGUGUAAUUUUCUACGGUUACUGAGCUCAGUGAGUGUGGCGAGUCGAACCAGUCUAAAAUAUGUCAUCCAGAUGCGUAACAAAGGCGAAGAGCGCACCUACACUGGUUUUAUGAGCGUUGGACUAGCCCGCGCUCAAGUGCCAAUUAGAAUAAUUAAGACCCUUUUUUGCAGAUAAGUAGCACGUGCGGUUUUACUUAACAAUAGACAAAGGAUUAGCAGUUCCGGGCCAGCUACAAAUCGACAGACUAUAAAAACAACUCUUACAAAAAGCAUGUUUUUUCUGUUAUUAUAACUUAUUUUUUCUGCCCCAACAAUUUAGUUGUAAGGUUAUACUUAUACAUUAAUGUACAGUAUAUUUUUGUAAAUAUAUUACGACAAAUAAUCAUGAAACAUAUACGAACUAGCUAUAGUACAAAUAUUACUCCACUUACCAUGUGAUACUUUUUGUAAAUAUAAGUUUAUAAUUACAAAACCGCUUUGUAAAUUAAGUUCAAUUAUGUUCAAAUAAAAAAUAAGGAAAAUAUAAAAGUUGAAACUAGGUUAAACCUAGCAAAACUAACACAUUCACUGCCAACGUAUUCGUAGCGCUUCGCUCGUAGCCGAUCCCAGCGUUUUCCCGCUUUGUAGCGGAAAGCGACUACGGACAGAGAACCCGCCGAGCGUGUUACCGGCACUCAAUGUGUUAAGGAAGAAAAAGAAAUGAAAAGACGUACAAAAUCAAAAAGUUCCGUUCCAAAAUAGCUCUAGAUGGCGCUGACAUCCGGUGACGUUGGCUACAUAUUGUUUGCAUUAUGUUAGAAUACUUUCCAGUGAAAUAAUACAGCGCCAUCUACUUCAGCUGUAAAAUUACAUCAUAAGAUUUGCACGUAUUUUUGCGUCUUAGUAUAUCUAUGUCUAUGUUUCAAUUUAAGCCCUCAACUUCCAAUUUUUUCUUACUAAAUCGAAAUAAGGCUUAUCUAGUUUCAACAGAUAAUUCAUUGACAUGUAGUUUAUUAAGUAGUUAUUAAAAAUUAAUAUGAGGUCAAACACUAUCCAUAUACAAUUAUUUAGAAUGUAUGAUUCUUUUCCUGAUGCUAACCCAAGUUAUGUUGCAUUAAUUAUUAAUACCUUGCAUUUCAUCGUAGUACGUAAUAAUUUGUGAUAUAAAAUUGCCAUUUAGUAUUGUAGACCGUUGCAGACGGGCCAAAAAUUGCAAAAAUCCUGGGAAUUGUUGGCCCGGAUAGCGGCCGUGUAAAAUUAUUUUUAAUUACUGUUGGAAAUGAAUAAAGUACUUUGAAGUGGA